AUGGGUGUUUACAAUCCUACGAUCGGUGAGACUGUCACCGUCUGGAACGAAACAUUCCAAUGGACCGAGAAGCAUUUCACACCAGCACAGCUUCUGCCGUUGAGAGAAGCGGCAGAUGAUCUCGGGGUAGCUACUGUUGCAAGAAUUCAGGCAAUAAUUGCAGAAAAGAAGCAAAGCGGCACUCUGCACGCAUGCCCUGUUCCAGGCAUUCCUGGUGGAAUUGAUAUGUUCGCGGUCUUGGAAGAACACCGCCAGAACGACGCUGUGCUCCAGAAGUUUUGGGAGGAAGCCCACGCUGUCCCGGACUGGGUUGAUUGGGCACAAAUCAAGCGAGGACAGAAUUUUAUGUGGCGGUAUUUGCUACCCAAUCUUACUGGGCUUGCACUGCAAGGGUUUUUAGGUGGAACUGCUACAAUUGCUGGGGGUACUGAAGUCCUUGUGCGGACUGGUGGGUUCUCACUCCGUGUCCUGCCAAGACGGUUUCUGGAGACCUUCUUGUGGCUGCUACAGGUGACAAUGUCGUUGGAGUCUAUCCAACCAGGGGGGGAAGGACAUAAUUCAUCUGUCCGCGUACGCUUGCUGCAUGCUUCAGUACGCCAUCGCUUGCUGAAGCUUAUCGACAAAGACCCAUUGUAUUUCGAGGCAGCCAAGUUUGGCUCACCAGUCAACCUGAGAGAUGCAAUCCAUGCUUUGUGUGUUUUUUGCAGCAUGCCUGUAUUCCGUCAGUUGCCCAGGAUUGGCAUUAAGCCAGACCCUGAAGAGGCAAAAGACUUCCUUGCCUUAUUCCGAUAUAUCGCCUAUCUUUUGGCUACUCCCCACACCUUUUUCGAUGGGGUGGAGCAAUGCCAUUGUGCAAAUUUCCUCACUGCAGUCGCAGAUUAUCCAGGCGUCAACGUAUCCAGGUCAAUGAUCAUCGUCGGUACCCGGGUUUUCAGCGGUGACGAAUUGGCCGAUAAAAUGGGAUUUUCCCGACCAGGACUCUUGUACCGGGCCUCUUUCAAAGGCUGGUGCAAACUUCUCGUGGUACUCAACACAUUACAACGGUGGUCUCCCUCCUUUGAAAGAAUGAUGAUCAGGAAGGGGAAAGAAUUGGCAUGUACCACAAUUGCAACAAUUUACUAG